UGUGGAUAUCAAGUAGCUAACAUUGUGUAUUCACAGUGUUAUUCCCCAAAGGGAUUAUUAAAAUAAUUAUCAUUAUAAUGGGAGUCAGAAAAACUGAUAUCGAUGGCUAUCGCGUGGGCCCGUUUACUGUUGAAGAAGAAGUGAUUUUGCGAAAUGCGGUUAGUGAGUACCUUGGCAAUUUGAAGGGUAAAGAGCGUGAAGAAGCUUGUCGGAAGCUCACUGAAGCUCGAAGCGGUGCAGCAUCAGAUGCAGUUACGAUUGGUCGCCAAGUACUCCCAGACCGACACCCACGAUCAAUUUACUACUACAUUCGUCGGCGUAUAUUGCCUCGGAAAGUAGGCAGAUGGGAUGCUGAGGAGGUUUAUAUAUUGCUUAAACAUUACUUUGAUCACGAAAAUGUGCAAACGGAAUCGAACCGGCGUGAUUGGCGUCCUGUCUCCACGGCUAUUAAGCGUUUACCCGAGCAGGUGUUUGACAAGUGGAAGGAACUGUCACCGGACAUAGAUUUCUACAGGCCUCUAUUUAGUGACCCGAAAUUAUCCAAAAGUGAUGUUAUCAACAGAAUAGCAUCUACUUUGCAUCCGAGGGAUGGGAGCCACAACGCGUCAAUGUCCCCAAAAGAAUCCCAAUUACGUGAGGACCAUACAAUGCUUUUUAGAAUACAUGUUCAUGAACACAUUCGAGACUUAAUAGCACAGGGAGUUAUAAAUUCACCGGUUGUCCACAACGUACCCUGGAUGAUGAUAAGUCAGUCGUUCAAAGGCUACUCAGCAUCGUACAUUCGGCUGCAGUGGACUACUGUAAUAUUGCCUAUGGCACUAAAGGAAUGGAUGCCAGAAUUUAGUGACUUGGUUAUUGGUCGAGCUGCAGUGUACCUGCUAUACAAACAUAAAAUAUUCCAUGAGCGGCUCCGAACUGUUGACUUUAGUAAUUGGUUCCCUCAGCUACCGAACCUAUACGUUUCAUCAUGCGUGCGACUAUUACUCAAUGAUUGUGUUAAAAGGUUCAAAAGCGGUACUUUCCAGAAUAUCGACGUGUAUUACAAUAAGGCACUAGUUAACAUGGAGUUGCACAAAAGCAAGUUAAACCACUAUGACAUUUACAGUCAAAAUACGGCAACUGAAUCGCUGUUGGAACUGGCCCAAAGCAAUGAAUCACUAACCAGUGAAGUCAACGUUAUGAGCGUUCCAAUCACACUUACACAGAAACGCCGUCUUAAGAUGGCAUAUAAUGAGUUUAAGGUAAAGGAAUAUAUUAACUCUGAUGUUGAAGUGCUAUCGAGAAUACGAUGCGAUUGGCUUCCACCAUUAAAAAAUUGCUCUAAUGAUAGGAAGUAGUCAACCCACGCCGCGCCAUAGCUUCCAACCUUACACGGGUAUAAGGCGGGUCGGAUAUAU